AUGAAGCACAUCCCGGUCCUCGAGGACGGGCCGUGGAAGACCGUGUGCGUGAAGGAGCUGAACGGCCUCAAGAAGCUCAAGCGGAAAGGCAAGGAGCCGGCGCGGCGCGCGAACGGCUAUAAAACUUUCCGAUUGGACUUGGAAGCGCCCGAGCCCCGCGCAGUCGCCACCAACGGGCUGCGGGACAGGACCCAUCGGCUGCAGCCGGUCCCGGUCCCGGUGCCGGUGCCAGCCCCAGUGGCCCCGGCCGUUCCAAGAGGGGGCGCAGACACGGCCGGGGAGCGCGGGGGCUCCCGGGUGCCCGAGGUCUCCGACGCGCGGAAACGCGGCUUCGCCCUGGGCGCAGUGGGGCCAGGACUCCCCACGCCGCCGCCGCCGCCGCCGCCGCCGCCUCCUGAGCCCCAGAGCCAGGCUCCUGGGGGCCCAGAGGCACAGCCUUUCCGGGAGCCGGGUCUGCGUCCUCGCAUCUUGCUGUGCGCACCGCCCGCGCGCCCCGCGCCGUCAGCGCCCCCAGCGCCGCAAGCGCCCCCGGAGUCCACUGUGCGCCCAGCGCCCCCAACGCGCCCGGGGGAAAGUUCCUACUCGUCAAUUUCACACGUAAUUUACAAUAACCACCCGGAUUCCUCCGCGUCGCCUAGGAAACGACCGGGAGAAGCGACUGCCCCCUCCUCCGAGAUCAAAGCCCUGCAGCAGACCCGGAGGCUCCUGGCUAACGCCAGGGAGCGGACGAGGGUGCACACCAUCAGCGCAGCCUUCGAGGCGCUCAGGAAGCAGGUGCCAUGCUACUCGUAUGGGCAGAAGCUGUCCAAACUGGCCAUCCUGAGGAUCGCCUGUAACUACAUCCUGUCCCUGGCGCGGCUGGCUGACCUCGACUACAGUGCCGACCACAGCAACCUCAGCUUCUCCGAGUGUGUGCAGCGCUGCACCCGCACCCUGCAGGCCGAGGGACGUGCCAAGAAGCGCAAGAGCCUCAUCAUCACUCAGGAUACAACAGCGCGAGCAGCUGGUUUGGAGGCAGCAGGGAAAACCGUGCAAAAGGUUCUUUGUGAGAGAGGAAGCUCGCUUAUGAAUAACAGGACUGGACGCCGUAAAAGUUGGCGGCUGGAAUUCUUGUUUCUCAGGCGCCGCGGUUUUCUCUUGACUUUUUAUCUCUGGUUUUUAUUUUUUUCCCAUUUUCUUUUAAUGUUGUUUCUUCCUCUUCUCACAUCAGUUGUGACUUUUUUACCUCCUCUGCGAGCCCGAAGGCCACCUCAUUAGUGCUCCUGACAUUGCCAAACUUUUCUUGUCUCAAGGCUGUUGUCAUUGGGGAUGGUUGGAAGUGACUGUUUUCCUAAGAAAACAGCUAGAGGGGACAUGGGAGCAAGAAGGUGCUUGGGAGGGCACGUCAGUGGUGAGGUUCAAAACAGGCAGCGCCGUGGCAGAGUCGUUCCGCCGUCACCCUGAAUAAACCCUGGGCAUACAGAUGAGAGCAACGUCUCCUCAGAGGGAGGGUCUGGGAGACCGGACACCAUGCAGAGACCCCCAUCAGCUCAUCUGAGAGCUUCACGGAGAUGUUCUGGGAGGACAGUCACAUUCAUAAAUACCCCGGUGCCUCGGCCCCGCCGCUGAUUGCAGCAUGACAUGAAGCCUUUUUAAAGAACUGACUGCUGCUGACAAUGCCUUCUGGGAGAUGUCUGCCCGGAACCUGGGCACCUCCUGGGAGUAGUCACUGGGUGGCCUGUCAGGGGCUGUGGGGUCCUGGGGCAGGGCCGGCAGCUGAAAGGCCAGCCCCGGGGAGGAAAGGAGAAAAGGGCAAGGCUGGGCUGCUUUCCUCACAGCCCCUGGACCCUGAGGGAGGAGCUGAGUCGGGCCUGGGUCUGCCAUGUGUCAGACAGUGGUGAUGUGAUGGGGGGACACAGGUCAGGGGCAGGGUACUGGGAGUUUCCCUUUCCUUUCUCAGUUCUUUGCACCCAUUUUCCAUGGGCUGCCUCCCAGAUCCAGAAGCCCCAGCAGCCCCUCACUCCAGCAGUGGAAAAAGCCCAUCAUCGACACGGCUGUGGGUGGCCAGCUUUGCAAAAGCCUCACAUUUGGGGCUUUGGAGGGCGUUUUGCGUUUCAUCUUUACACAGGCGCCUGCACCUCAUUCCUCUUGCCCUCCUCUCGGCUUUCCUCCCACUUCCAGUAAGAGAGAUGGCAGCUCUGGCAGGACAAAAUAUUGAUGUUUAUCGCAGUUUUAGGGCCAUUCAUCUCACCUGGGCUCAGCGCAGGCCCAUGGGAUCCUCUCUCCUUGAGUGACCUCUGGGGGCAGGUAUCUGGUUUGGAUGCUGGAGCUGGUCCCUACUCUGCCCUUGAGGGCUGUGCGGCCGGGUGCUCAAGUGUUUUAACCUCAGGACCCUGAUUAGUUAUCAUGAAGCUACCCCCCCAGCUCCUGGGUCUGUUCAUGGAUCAAUGGCAUAAAGGACAUAACACUGUUUUGAAAAAUCUGCUCUCCCUCCCGUGUGUCCUGCCCAAGAAGUUGGUCUUCAUGGGGCCGAACGCAAGGAGGACCUGAGGAAGGAAGAGGAACCACUGCCCCCAGCUCCUGGCACGGCAUGGAGUCAGCCUAGUGACCAGAAAUUGCUUUUGAACUCUGAGGCUUCCAGAGGACAAGAGGAAGAGGAGGAUAGGGCUGCCCUGCCCACUGCUCAGCCUUGAGCCCUGCACCUGGCACAGUGUGAGGUCUCAAACAGAGGGUGUCAGCAGGCCCUGGCUCCCCACACCCCAUCCUUAAACAGGCUGUGCCCUUUCUACGUGCCCCAGCAGACCAGAAAGCAGUUUCCAUGGGAAACAACAAACUUUCCUUGUGCUCCCGGGAUAAGUGUUUCUAGAGGGCAAAGUCGGGAGCCAUUCUCUCCUUUAACACCUUGCCACCUCUGCCCAGAAUUCACAACCACCGGGGCCUGUCUUAGCUGCCCUGGCUGUUAGCCCCCCCAGAGCCCCUCUUGGCUGCUCUGCUGAAAGCUGGUCAGACUGCCUCACUCCAUCCCCUGCUUAGCUCCCCUAAGACGUAGGGGGCUCCCUACUGGCCAAGGGACAAGGCCAGACUCAACAGGACACCUGAUGGGCCUCCCAAAUGACCUGACCCUGGCCGAUCACUCCCUAUGUCCCAAUUUACACCCCAGCAGCACAGAACUCCUCGCCCAAAGGGGCUAUUUUUGGCCUCUGUGCUCAUGCCAUCCCUUCUGCCUGGAAUGCCCUUCUCCGCUGUCUGUCUGGCUAACUCCUGCUCAUUCUGGAAGGCUCAGCUCCUCCUGAAAGCCCUCCCUGACCCCGACCCCAGCUUCUUCCUCAGGGCAUCAUAGCACAGGGAUGCUUUUGGUCUAAUUCAGGAGAGCAUCAUGUGAUACACUUUUAAAGUAAUGACUUAAAAUGUUAUACAAUAUGAAACUCUAUUAUGUGAUAUGUUAGAUUUCAUGUCAUUACAUUGCAUUAUAUUUUUAGGUGGUAUGCUAUGUGACAUAGGAUGUGAUGUGAUAUUACAUCCCAUGACACUAUGUUACACAGUGUUGGAUUAGUGCCUGUGUCUCUGGCUAGA